CUUUCGUGCGGCUUUCUUUGUCUUGUGACUGUCUCCUUCUUGUACCAUAGCAUUACAAUCUGAGCGUUCAGAUCUCAUCUCUCCGUCAAGAUGUCAAAGUCAUUUUCUACCGCCGACGUUGCGGCACACAAAACAGCAGACGAUCUCUACAUCAUCGUCGACGAAGAUGUAUACGAUCUCACCAAGUUUGCGGAUGAGCAUCCUGGAGGCAAGAAGAUUCUCACACGCGUCGCUGGCAAGGAUGCAUCGAAGCAGUUUUGGAAGUACCACAACGACAGCAUUCUCAAGAAGUACCAGAAACAACUGCAAGUUGGUUCUCUGAACACAAAGGCUGCGCCUCCCACACCACCGGCAACACCACCGCCGCAGAAGAAGGAGAUUGUCAAGCCUGAGGCUGUUUCAGGUGCCGUUGCGCCACAGCCAACCGAGGCCGCCGCCGAAGAGAUCGAGCCUUUCGACUCUUACGGUGAUCUCAUCCCAUACGCCGACCCUAGUUGGUACCAGACAUACCACUCGCCAUACUAUAAUGAGACUCACGUAGCUCUUCGUGAGGAAGUGCGAGCAUGGGUCGAGGAGAAGAUCAUGCCCAACGUGACCGAGUGGGAUGAGGCAAAGAAGGUACCCGAUGAGAUAUUCAGGGAGAUGGGUGAACGUGGAUACCUCGCUGGUCUGCUGGGAAUUCACUACCCAACACAAUAUACCGACAAGCGAGUCGCAAGCGUGCCACCGGAGAAGUGGGACCACUUCCACGAGAUGAUUCUCACAGAUGAGCUGUCUCGAACUGGCAGUGGAGGUCUAGUCUGGAACCUCAUCGGUGGCUACGGCAUCGGAGGGCCUCCAGUCUUCAAGUUCGCAAAGCCGGAGUUGAUCAAGCGCAUCGGCCCGGGGCUCCUCAGUGGUGAGAAGCGUAUCUGCCUUGCCAUCACCGAGCCCGAUGCCGGCUCCGAUGUUGCAGGUCUGACCUGUGAAGCCAAGCUCUCUGAAGACGGAAAGCACUACAUUGUCAACGGUGAGAAGAAGUGGAUCACCAACGGUAUCUGGUCGGACUACUUCACGACCGCCGUCCGUACCUCCGAUAAGGGCAUGAACGGUGUCUCAGUCCUCCUCAUCGAGCGCGCCGCAGGUGGCGUCUCAACCCGCAGGAUGGACUGCCAGGGUGUGUGGUCGUCAGGAACAACGUACAUCACGUUCGAAGAUGUCAAGGUUCCCGUCGAGAACCUUAUCGGCAAGGAGAACCAGGGCUUCAAGGUCGUCAUGACAAACUUCAACCACGAGCGCAUUGGCAUUGUCAUCCAGUCCAUCCGCUUCGCGCGCGUUUGCUACGAGGAGAGCGUCAAGUUCGCCCACAAGCGCAAGACUUUCGGCAAGAAGCUCAUCGACCACCCGGUCAUCCGUCUCAAGCUCGCUCACAUGGCGCGCCAGAUCGAGGCCAGCUACAACUGGCUUGAGAACUUGGUGUACCAGUGCCAGCUUAUGGGCGAGACAGAGGCCAUGCUGAAGCUUGGUGGAGCUAUCGCAAGUUUGAAGGCACAAAGUACUACCACCUUCGAGUUCUGUGCCAGGGAAGCCAGUCAGAUCUUUGGUGGGUUAAGUUACAGCCGUGGCGGUCAGGGUGCAAAGGUCGAGAGACUGUACAGAGACGUCAGGGCAUACGCUAUCCCGGGUGGUAGCGAGGAGAUCAUGCUGGACCUGAGUAUUCGACAAGCGCUGAGGGUGCAUAAGGUCUUGGGCAUGAAGUUGUAGAUAUGCAAUCUGUUACA